UGAUGUCUCAGUUGAGAGAGACGGAGCCGUGUGAGAGAAAGAAAUAGAUUAAAGCGGAGGAUGGAGAAUCUAUGGCGAAUCGCGACCGGUCAGGAUCCGAACCGCGAAGAUUACGAAGGGAUCGAGUUCUGGUCAAACCCAGAGCGAUCCGGCUGGCUCACCAAGCAAGGCGAUUACAUAAAAACCUGGCGCAGACGCUGGUUCGUGCUCAAGCGAGGGAAGCUCCUCUGGUUCAAGGACCAAGCCGCCGCCGAAACCCGCGGAUCCACGCCGCGCGGCGUGAUCUCCGUCGGGGACUGUCUGACGGUCAAAGGAGCCGAGGACGUGGUGAACAAGCCUUUCGCCUUCGAGGUUUCCAGCGGGAGCUACACGCUCUUCUUCGUGGCGGAUAACGACAAGGAGAAGGAAGAUUGGAUCAACUCUAUCGGAAGGUCGAUCGUGCAGCACUCGAGAUCGGUUACUGAUUCUGAAGUCCUCGAUUACGAUCACAAGCGUUGAUUUUUAGCUUCUCUUCUUGUUCUAUGCAGUGUUUUGAUUUUGGUCUUGAAUCUCGCUUGCCUUUUUAGGGUUUUCCACUCUUUGUGUAACCUAGUCACGUGAUGUUAUGUAUGUAUGCCGCUCAAGUUCGUGGUCCGAAAUGUCUCUUUGUUUAUGA